UUUUUUCUUGCAGUAGUUCAUUUCAAGUUUUCAACUGAAACACUCUCUCUCUAGGUUUACUCAUAAUCAGCUGCUCUGUCCGCCCGCCAUUGGUAGCAAUGGAGAGAGCAGCUUUCCUCCGCUCUCUCUCUUGCUCCCCGCUCGCCUGCUCCCGCUUCUUCGUCCGUUCCGCCCACAGGCUCUCUCCCCGCUCCUUCCCUCGCAGCACCCACACCCGUCCCAUCCCCCGCGGGCGCCCCCUGCACCUCCGCCGAUGGAGACUGCUCCCUGCAUCAUCAUCAUCACCGUCUACUUCUUCCAUUCGAUUCAGCAGGCACUUCUCCUCUCUCUCACCUCGUGCAGUCGCCAGUCCCACCCAACCUUCUCCGGAGAUCAUUGGUGUCUCUGAUGGUGUUGCCGAGAAGUAUGGGUUUGAGAAAGUUUCGGAAGAAUUCAUCAAAGAGUGUAAAUCGAAGGCUACUCUCUUUAGACACAAGAAAACGGGGGCUGAAGUCAUGUCUGUCUCAAAUGAUGAUGAGAAUAAAGUUUUUGGCAUUGUUUUCCGCACACCACCAAAGGAUUCAACUGGAAUUCCUCACAUUCUCGAACACAGUGUGCUGUGUGGCUCGAAAAAGUAUCCUUUGAAAGAGCCAUUUGUCGAGCUUUUGAAAGGAAGCUUGCACACUUUCUUGAAUGCUUUCACGUAUCCUGAUAGGACUUGCUACCCUGUUGCUUCUACGAAUACGAAGGAUUUCUAUAAUUUAGUUGAUGUUUAUCUGGAUGCUGUCUUCUUCCCUAAAUGUGUAGAGGAUAUUCAAACAUUCCAACAGGAGGGUUGGCACUAUGAGCUGAACAAUCCAUCCGAAGAAAUUUCAUAUAAAGGCGUUGUCUUUAAUGAGAUGAAAGGCGUCUAUUCACAGCCUGACAGUAUAUUAGGGCGGGCCUCACAACAGGCUCUUUUUCCAGACAAUACAUAUGGUGUCGACAGUGGAGGUGAUCCGCAAGUUAUUCCCAAAUUGACUUUUGCGGAAUUCCAGGAAUUCCACCGGAAGUAUUACCACCCCAGUAAUGCCAGGAUAUGGUUUUAUGGUGAUGAUGAUCCAAAUGAACGUCUGCGUAUCCUGAGUGAGUAUCUAGACCAGUUCGAAGCAAAUCCUGCUGCCAAUGAAUCAAAGGUGGUACCACAGAAGCUCUUCUCAGAGCCAGUGAGAGUUGUUGAGAAAUACCCUGCUGGUGAAGACGAUAAUGGGAAGAAGCAUAUGGUUUGCUUGAAUUGGUUGCUCUCUGAUAAGCCCUUAGACUUGGAAACUGAGCUUGCACUUGGAUUCUUGGAUCAUCUUAUGCUGGGAUUUCCUGCUUCUCCAUUGAGGAAAAUCUUGCUUGAAAGUCGUCUUGGGGAUGCCAUUGUGGGUGGUGGAAUUGAAGAUGAGCUCUUGCAGCCUCAAUUUAGCAUUGGUUUGAAGGGAGUCUCUGAAAAUGACAUUCCAAAGGUUGAAGAAUUGAUAAUGAAUACCCUCAGAAAGUUAGCAGAUGAAGGCUUUGAUACAGAUGCUGUGGAGGCUUCCAUGAACACAAUCGAGUUCUCUCUAAGGGAAAACAAUACUGGAUCAUUUCCUCGGGGCUUGUCUCUAAUGCUUCGUUCUAUUGGUAAGUGGAUAUAUGAUAUGAGUCCUUUCGAGCCAUUAAAAUAUGAGGAACCGUUGAUGGCCCUGAAAGCAAGAAUAGCCAAGGAAGGCUCCAAAGCAGUCUUCUCUCCGCUAAUAGAGAAGUACAUAAUGAACAAUCCGCAUCUUGUUACUGUGGAAAUGCAGCCUGAUCCUGAGAAAGCUUCCCGUGAUGAAGCCGCUGAGAAAGAAAUCCUAGAAAAAGUUAAAGGUAGUAUGACAGAAGAAGAUCUAGCUGAGUUGGCUCGUGCUACAAUGGAGCUUCGUUUAAAGCAGGAAACUCCAGACCCACCAGAAGCAUUGAAAACUGUCCCAAGCCUCUCUCUGCAUGACAUUCCUAAAGAGCCUAUUCGUGUUCCUACCGAGGUUGGAGAUAUUAAUGGGGUAAAAGUUCUGCAGCAUGAUCUCUUUACGAAUGACGUUCUUUACACUGAGGUCGUCUUCAAUAUGAGUCCACUGAAACAAGAACUUCUUCAGCUGGUACCACUUUUCUGUCAGUCCCUGCUGGAGAUGGGUACUAAGGACUUAAGUUUUGUACAACUAAACCAAUUAAUUGGAAGAAAAACUGGUGGGAUAUCUGUAUACCCAUUCACAUCAUCAGUGCGUGGAAAGGAGGAUCCUUGCAGCCAUCUGAUUGUUCGAGGCAAAUCUAUGGCUGGGCGUGCUGAUGACCUCUUUAAUCUGGUUAACAUCAUUCUUCAAGAGGUUCAAUUUACUGAUCAGCAGCGAUUUAAGCAGUUCGUUUCACAGAGCAAAGCAAGAAUGGAGAAUCGUCUGAGGGGCAGUGGCCAUGGGGUCGCAGCUGCUAGAAUGGAUGCAAAACUGAAUGUUGCUGGGUGGAUUUCUGAACAAAUGGGUGGUGUCAGCUACCUGGAGUUUCUUCGUUCUCUUGAAGAGCGAGUGGACCAAGACUGGGAUGGAAUUUCUUCAUCACUGGAAGAGAUUCGCAAGUCGCUGGUGUCUAAGAGCAGCUGUCUAAUAAAUAUGACUGCUGAUGGGAGGAAUCUAAGGGACACAGAGAAGUUUGUCAGCAAAUUCCUUGAUUCGCUUCCCACGGAUUCACAAGUUGGAAAUAACUCUUGGAGAGCACGCCUUCCUCCAGAAAAUGAAGCUAUUGUGAUACCUACUCAGGUUAACUAUGUCGGAAAAGCAGCAAAUAUCUAUGAAAAUGGAUAUCAACUUGACGGAAGUGCUUAUGUUAUCUCAAAGUACAUUAGCAAUACGUGGUUGUGGGAUCGUGUGCGUGUGAGUGGUGGGGCCUAUGGCGGAUUUUGCGACUUUGAUACACAUUCAGGAGUGUUCUCCUUUUUAUCUUAUCGGGACCCAAACUUGCUAAAGACUCUUGACAUUUACGACGCUACUGCUGAUUUCCUACGAGAGGUGGAAAUGGAUGAUGACGCCCUGACAAAAGCAAUUAUUGGAACUAUUGGAGACGUAGAUGCUUACCAGUUGCCUGAUGCCAAAGGCUACAGCGGUCUCUUGCGGUAUCUGUUGGGGAUUACAGAAGAAGAGAGGCAGAAGAGACGUGAGGAAAUCUUAUCGACCAGUGUGAAGGAUUUCAGGGAGUUUGCAGAUGCCAUUGAAGCAGUCAGGGGAAAAGGAGUGUCUGUAACUGUGGCAUCUCCAGAUGAUGUGGAAGCUGCAAACAAAGAGCGUGCAGGCUACUUCCAAGUGAAGAGGGUUCUGUAGUGUAGGUAGCAGUAUACUUUAUUCCUCGAUAGCCAAAAAAAAGGUACGAAAAGGGACCUUUGGAUCUGAUUAGCAGCACCGAUGAUGGUUCUUAUGAAAGAAUAUUGCCAGUUGAAUGAGAUGAAUGGGGAGCUCGGAGGAGCCUCGAUCUCGAGUUUUUGUGGCUCCUGCUGGACAGGGGCUUUAAGAGAUGGGCCUUCCCAGGUGCUUGAAGUGUUUUCCUGAAGCUGUUGCUCUCGAAGCCAGUGCUGUUGGCCCAAUAUUAGACAGCACAAGAACAUUGAGAAUGAGAAAUUGUUAAAAGGUUGAAGGAGAGCUUAUUUAAUGCCCCAAAUAAAAGCCACCCAAUUGAAAGGAUCUUUCUUUUUUUUUCUUUUUUCUUUUUUCCUUUUUAACCAAUCGCUAAUUAGGUCAUGUCUGAUCGAUGGCAAAGUUAAGGUAUGUUCUAUCUUGAUGGAGGUCGCCGGCAAUAAAAGCCGCUCUCUUUUUCAGCACUUAAUGGAGGUCUGUGCCGGUGGUGCCCUCACCGCUACUUCGGUCUGUCCUCACCGCUUCGUUCCCACCAAAUUGUUGAAUUUUCACUUACUCUGCAUCUUA